UUAAUUUAUUACACAGAAUCCCCCCUUUCCAUCCACGCUACGCACACUGCAUCCACUUCGUCCUCUCACCUUACUGGACCCCAACAAACAGAUCGCUGUGGAGGCUGCAAAGCAACUUCCUUGUUCAAUAUUCGCUUGGCUUGGCCUUGCCUUUUUCCCAUUGCUUUAUAGCCGGACACAGAAAAACUUCACCUUUGAUCUAACCUGUGCAAUCCAAGAAAAUCCAUGAUUCGUGGGAAUGAAUUGAUUUUUGGUGCAAAUUGGUUGAAUUUGAGCAGUUUCUGUUGAGAACUGAGAGCAAAAAAUGAGGUACAUAGGAUCCCAUGGAGUAGCAGCGCUGCAUAAAUACAAGUACAGUGGAGUGGAUCACUCGUAUGUGGCAAAAUAUGUGUUGCAGCCCUUUUGGAGUCGCUGCGUUAAUUUCUUCCCCCUUUGGAUGCCGUAAGUUAUUUCAACCUGUUCAGACCCAUGUAUUCAGUGAGUUGUAGUUUGCUGCCUAUGAACCCCAUUGGCUAAUCAUGCUUUUAAAAUUUUAAUCUCUAAUUUUUUCAACGCUUUUGGAGGGGAAUUUUUGCCAUCCAACGCUUCCCUUGGAAUUAGUAGCCCCACUGCCGAUCAAUGUUGUUCCAGUCUUUUUAUCACAACAUGCAUUCACUAGCUUUUUUACUAUUUCUAUCCUGAUCACUUCUGAGAGUUUCUUCAUGUAGAGACUGCUAGGAAGGGUGCCAAAGUGCUUACAACAUAAUCUAGUUCCAUUGUCUGCAGGAUGGCAAUACAAUUUUUUUUCCCUCCCUCUGGGAAAAUAUUAGAUGUGGUCUUGGUGUCACAUGAUAUGACAUUUCCGUUGCAAAGAACAAGACUAAAUAGCAGAUGAUUUGUUUUAUUUUUCCUUCUCUUUAUGGACCCUUUGAGUAACUACACGAUCUGCAUGAAUCAAUGCUUAAUGAGGAAAUGGUCAUAGGUAUGCCUAAUGAAUUGAUUUUAGUCAUUAUUAUGAUGAUUUUGUUCUAUCUGUGAUGUGUAUUUUAUCUGUUUUUCUUUCAGGUUUCAUCAUUGAUUUAAUUUCUGAAUAUGUAGGUUAAUGUAGUGGGUCGUUUUUUGUUUUUAUUCUUCUUUUUUUGAAAAAGGAAAUACACUAAAAUUUUUUUAGUGUUUGGGAUGUGGGAAAAAUAAAAAUUUCACUCUCUAUUUGGGUUUGAUAAGUUGGAGUUCCCUGGUUGUGAAAGGUUAAAUGAUGGGAUGGAGCCAAAGUUGUAGGAAAACAAAAGAAAACUUGGGAAUAUAAUAGUGGCAAUAAGAUUUUUGACUCUUUAUUUGUUUUGUAAUCUCUUAUUGGCAUUGGAACCGAGUAGUCUGCUCUAGAAAAUGGGGAAAAACAAAUGAAAAUUUGGAAUUGAUGGUGACUAUUUUGAUCAUGACAACUUCUCUAAUUGCAUAUCUGGAAUGGGAAUGGUGAUUGUGUAAGUAGGAAUUAUUGUUUGGUUUUCCUUUGUUCAUGGGCACCAGAGGGAGGAUCAACAUGGUUGAAGUGCACUUAGUUUAGCUUUAUAGCUUUCUCCUCCGAGCUUAAACAGAUUUCUAUUACUGAACAAAAGAUAUAUGAUUUUUCGCAUAAGCUAACUUUGUGAUUGGAAUGCAUCCUUACAAAAGCCUUUAAUGUUUUAUGAGAGUUCUGCAAGAUGUAAAUGAACAUGCUUCCAUACACAUACCAUCAUCAUGUAGUAAUAUUUUGUGAUGGGCAAAUAACAUACCAUAAUCACAUAAUAUGAAGUUUUGUAUAUGAUGUAGAUUCUCUCAAGGAUAUGAUGUUGCUGUAUCUUUUCCAUUUAUGUUAAGGCGAGUGGAUAAACCAAUAGCAAAAGUAAUCACAACCUAGGUGAGCAUGUUGAGAAUUGGUCCGACCACAUAGAAUCUUAUUGUAGGUUGUUAAAACUUUGAGCCAAAUCAUGGCUUUUUUCCUUGUAUAUCUUACUUAGCAAAGCACAAAAGAUAAGUAGUCUUGUCUUUCUCAAUUCAAUCAAUACAAAUUCCUAUAUUUGGGUUCUAAUAAAAAGAAUGUACCAACACCAAUGGAAGUUAAAAAUCUCAACCACUGAGUUAUGGUUCUGUUGGCACUGGCCUGUUAAGAUUUUUUUUUUUGAUAAGACUGGCCUGUUAAGAUUUUUAUGUGAGUGCAUAUUGCCAUUAAGGAGAUCCAGCUCCAUAGCAUUUAUUUCUUUAUCUAAUUAUAUAUCUUUUUAUUAUUUUUUUAAGAUCUACUAUUGAUUAGGGUGCAAAGGAAAAUUUUGGGUUAUGUUAUCUCGUACUUAUCAUUUUUAUUUUAUUCAUCUUUUCUAAAACUUGAGCAUUUGUUUUUUUUUAGAUUAACAGCCUAUCCUUAACUGUAACUUAGAAGCAGAUAUUGUUUCUAUAUAUUUUGCCUUUGCAUCUGUAUCUGUCUGAUCAGAAGUAAUGGAUGCCUUUUACUGUCUUGUAUAAAAAGUGAGACUUGUAGACAUGAACAGAUUUUAUGAUCUUUAGUACUUGUUUCGGUUUGAUUAUUGUUUCAUGCCUAUUUUUCUGUUAAUGAGUUUUGUCAAUCUGUUGUGAUAAUGCUUUGCUGAAAUUUACUAACUGCUCCAUUUUUCUCUUUGCAUUUUGGGAUUCUUCUCCAGACCAAACAUGAUAACCCUUAUGGGAUUCAUGUUCUUAGUCACGUCUGCCCUACUUGGUUAUAUAUAUUCUCCUCGUUUGGAUUCAGCUCCACCAAGAUGGGUGCACUUUGCUCAUGGUUUACUUCUUUUCUUAUACCAGACUUUUGAUGCUGUUGAUGGGAAGCAAGCAAGGCGGACAAAUUCCUCUAGUCCAUUGGGAGAACUUUUUGACCAUGGAUGUGAUGCCCUUGCAUGUGCGUUUGAAACCAUGGCUUUUGGGAGCACUGCUAUGUGUGGAAGAACUUCUUUCUGGUUCUGGGUAAUUUCAGCUGUUCCAUUUUAUUGUGCAACAUGGGAACACUUUUUCACCAAUACCCUUAUUCUUCCAGCAAUAAAUGGACCUACAGAGGGGCUCAUGCUGAUAUACUUUUGCCAUUUUUUUACAGCUAUAGUUGGUGCUCAAUGGUGGGUUCAAGAAUUUGGAAAGUCUAUGCCCUUUUUAAGUUGGCUGCCAUUUGUAUAUGAAAUCCCAACAUACAGAGUUGUGUUGUUUAUAAUGAUUGCUUUUGGUGUGAUACCAACAGUCUCAUUCAAUGUAUACAAUGUUUAUAAGGUUGUUCAGGCAAGAAAAGGAAGCAUGCUGCUGGCAUUAGCUAUGCUUUAUCCUUUUGCUGUGCUCAUGGGAGGAGUCCUGGCAUGGGAUUACUUAUCUCCAUCUGAUAUAAUGGGGAACUAUCCACAUUUGGUUAUAGUGGGAACUGGACUUGCAUUUGGAUUCCUUGUGGGAAGGAUGAUUCUGGCACACUUGUGUGAUGAACCCAAGGGCUUGAAAACUGGAAUGUGCAUGUCACUGUUGUAUCUCCCUUUUGCCAUUGCAAAUGCACUCACGGCUAGACUGAAUGAUGGAGUUCCUUUGGUUGAUGAGAGUUUGGUACUUCUUGGUUAUUGUGUCUUUACAGUGGGACUCUAUUUGCACUUCGCAACAUCAGUUGUACAUGAAAUCACAUCAGCCCUGGGAAUCUAUUGCUUCAGGAUAACUAGGAAAGAAGCUUGAGAUUUGCUUCGGAAAUUUUGCAGCUGGAAAGUGAGGAGCAAUGCAGCAAGGCCAAGGUUUCUUGGCUAAUAUUUUUGGUUUUAACAUGGGUGGAUUGUGUUGAAGGGGACUCCCACUGUUGCACUAAAUUAUUUGUUGUUUACACUUAGAAGAGUAGGCCAUUUAAGUUUUGUAACAUUUUAAAAUCAUGAUUAUUUGAAAUUUCUUAUGUAAUAGAUUUGCCCCUUUACUCUUUUAAGGUGGAGUGUUGGAUGAGUUUAGGAGAGUUUGAAUUUGAAUUGAGCUGAGUCGAUGUAUACGCACAUUUCUUGGAGUUGUUUUUGAUGCUACUAGGCCCUCGUUUGAAAUAAUGGUGGCAUGUAUGGAUUCAAAAGA